AUGCCACCAAAAAGUAAACCAAAAGGUAAACAGCAAAAGCAGCAAAGUGCGGCGACAAAUGAUAAAGAAGAAGUGACAGGAGGUGGAGGGCAGAGGACGACAAAGAAGAAGAGCAAAGGCAGCAAAGCGGAAAAAAAAGCAGCUAAGCUUCGAGCUGCUGAAGAGAGGGAAAAUUUAUUAAAAACGGAACGUCUCAGGCAGGAAAUUGAACGUGGAAAUUUGAACGCGAAACGGUUUUCGAAACCCUGGCGCGACAUGGUGAUGAGCAUCAAAAUGCCGCAGAUCAAAGAAGACCUCGAAGUCGCUUGGCACACGUUCGACCGCGCAAUCGACGUGAAAAAUUACAGCAUUUCCCUGCUUCUCGACGAGUUGGAAAAGGCUGAGGAGCAGUACCAGAUGAACGAGCGGGCGCAUCUCGAGACAAUCGGUUGUCUCAUGAAAACGUACAAGGAGCGGCUGAGCAGUGAAGACAAAAACUAUCAGGCCGAACUGCAGAAGAUGAUCGACGUGGCGUUCGAGGAAACCGAGGCCGUCGCCCUCAAGCAAAACGACGACGAGGUUUACAUUCAGGCCGUGAUCUACGCGAUGGAACAGCGCCUAGAGAUCCUCAUGAAGUCCGUCAUGGGUGCGACCAUCAGCAAGGUCGGCGAGGCCGAAGACGAUAAUCGGAACACGAGACGAGUCGCGAAAUUCAUUUUGGAAAAAAGUUAUCACGCUCUUUGGGAGCAGUACGUCGCUAAUUUGGUCAAGUAUCAGGCUGACACCGAGAAUAUGCGUAGGGAUUACAACGUGAUCAAGGAAAAGGACGACAAAGCAAGAUCGAUAAUAGCGAGACAAAUAUCGCACACGGCAAGUCUUUUCGAAUCAAUUCGCAAAAUGAAGGAUAAGAUACACGCGUACAAAGUGACCGCCGGAAAAUCGAUCUCCGAAAUAAUAGCGGAGAGAGAUUUUUUCAACGAAGCUUACUGGAUCGUGAAAACACGCUUCAUGUCCGAGCAAACGGCUGACCGAGAAGCUCUGAAAAUCAUCACCGCCGAAUUCAACGCGACGUCUACGCAUCUGAAGCGUAUUUUGACGAAGGGUGAAAAUUUGUUGAGUCUAGUGCAAAUUUGUCGCAAAUACGAAACACCGGAAGAAAUAGUCUUACCUUUCAAACUUUCCAUUGCGCUUGACGACUAUCCGGAAGAUUUUAUAGCCGAUUUUGGAUGGGAGAGAAGCCACGCGGUAAUGGAACAGUACCGAAACCUCGAGUUGUUUUGGCGCAGAGUUGGACACGCGAAAAUAGUCAGCAAGCAGUUACGUUUAGAGCGUGAUAAGCUGCGAGACGAGGGAAGAUGUCUCAAACAAUGCUUGAAACAUUGCAUAGCCGAGAGAUCGGUGGGAAACGAGGAGUCGGGAAGAAUCGCGGAGCUUGAGAUUACCACAGGAAAGCCUGUGGUCAUUGAGGCCAGCCUGUGCAAAUUCCAAUGA